AUAAGCAAGUGAAACUGGGUUUCGUUGGGACUGGGAGAAUUCGACUGAAAUAUCCAUAAAUAUGGCUUCUUAUGGUCCGGCCAUGCCGCCAGCCAACUCCAGUAGAAAAUCACUAGUGGAUGAAGAUGACAGUGACGACAGUGAUUUAGUUGGGCCUGCGUUGCCUCCACACCUUCUUGGAAAAACUAUGGCCGGCAGUGGCGAUGAAGACAGUGAUGGAAAUGAUGAAAUAGGCCCUGCUCUGCCACCACACCUACAACCAAAGAAAAGAAAGCAAGUUGCAAAAGAAAAAGACGAUGAGACAGAGUUUGGUGUACAGCUUCCCCCUGACUACAGCAGAUGGAACACAUUCGAUGUUGAUGCCAGUGACGAUGAUUUUGGUGAAAAUGAUGAUGAAGACACAAAGGAUGACGCAGCUGGUGUUCAGGAAAAGCAGAAUAAAGAGGUAGACAAUGAUGAUGACGAUGAUGAUGCAUAUGGACCAGCACUACCUCCCAGUUAUAAAAAACAUCAACCGACAGACAAUGCUGAAAUGUCGGCGAACUUAAAUGUCAGAAACUAUGGUCCAUCACUUCCUCCUGGUCUCCAUAGCAAUAGGAUGCUGGUAGAACUUGCGGAGGAUGAUGAGAGUGAUGAUGAGGAGGAGGAUGAAAUGAUUGGCCCUAUGCCUUUGAAGCCAGGUAGUGAGGGUUUAUAUUCUUCAUCGACCGCUGAUGAAUUUGAAAAGAGAGCAGCUGCCAUGAAGGAAAAAAUUGCAAAUAAGAAUCGACCGGAGCAGCCUAAGAGGGAGACAUGGAUGAUGGAGCUCCCAGGGUACUCUACUAACUUUGGUCUUGGAUCCAGGACCUUUCGAAAGACAGCGAGACCUGAGGAAACGGAUCGGUCGGAAUGGACAGAUACUCCAGCAGAUAAAGCUAGGAGAGAAAAGGAGAGAGCCGAGAAAAGAAGGAUAGAAGAAACUCAAGAAAGAGGAGGGAAGAGUAGGAAAAAGGAGGCCGGGACAGAACUGUCGCAGAGAGACAAGAGACUGGCUGACAUGGUGGCUAAACACAACGAGACAAAGAGAGCAGAGAGCUUGGUUGACAUGCACUCCAAGGACCGCAAGAGAAUACUAGAAGAGGAAGGAGAAAAGCCAGUUGAAAGACGACCUUUUGACCGUGACCUUGACCUGAAUGUCAACCAGUUUGACGAAGCAAAGCGGAAGCUCCUCAUCAAGAAGUCUGCUCAGCUCAAUACCAAGUUUUCACAUGGCAAAGACAAAGUGUACUUGUAGGAUGAAACUAUCCUAGAACUGCCUCUAGAGGGAGCUCUUCUGAAGCAUGCAUAGCAUAGUUAGAGAGAGAGAGUUGUGACAUGAGCAUAUGUACGUGCUGAAAGGCUAUCCCUGGAGCUCAAAUAGUGCCCCUUCACAUACAAUGCCUAGUAGGGAAGGACACCAUUUUGGUCCUCUGUGAACUAUGAGAGUGCAUGUGUCGCAACUAUCUGUACCCUGCUAGCUAUGGGAGCAUGGUUAUAGGACUUUACAGCCACAUCAAAACUUUACUUAUCUGUAUUUCUUAAAGGGAUAGUUGAGUUCUGUUGCAAAGGGCGCUACAAAAAAUAUUUUUUUGUGAGAUAAUGAAAAACUGAGUGUCAAAUUUGAA